AUGUGGCGGCAGCAGCAAGCUCUCCUCCGCCGGCUCCCGCCGCUGAGGGCGGUGGCGCAGGCUCCCUCAUCCUGGGCGGCCGACCGACUGGGAUGCUACUACGGGUCUGCGCCGGAGGGGAGGAAGGGAAAGACGGCGCCUUUGCAGGCGCGGGGCAUGGUGGACAAGUUCCGGAUGCGCGCCAAGGGUGGCGAUGGUGGCAAUGGUUGCGUCAGCCUCCGCCGCUCCAGGUCCAGCCGCCUGGGCAUGCCUGACGGUGGUAAUGGAGGGAAGGGUGGUGAUGUAAUUCUUGAGUGCUCAAGGUCUAUCUGGGAUUUCAGUGGCUUGCAGCAUCACAUGAGAGGAGGCCGAGGUGGCAAUGGAGUUUCUAAGAAUCAGAUAGGAACAAGAGGUUCUGACAAGAUUGCACAAGUACCUGUAGGCACGGUGAUUCAUCUUGUCGAAGGGGAGCAACCUUCUCUCACAGUAAAUAAACCAACCAGAGCUCUAGAUCCCUGGGACAUACCUAGUGCUGAAGAGCACUCUUCAGAUUCAGACCAGAUUGUUAACACAGUGACGAAAGGUUUUGAUGGUGGCUUGUCCCAUCAGCAUAUUGCCCCUAAGCAUAUUACUGAUGGAAAUGGCACUGUAAAGGGAAGCAGCAGUCAGUCGGAGAAUCCAAAAUACCUUCAUACAUGCUCCAAGCCUCAGUUCUCAAACACUAAUCGUGAUGUAAGAAUCUAUUCAUGUGAGGAGGGGACAGAUGAAAAAGAUCAGACUGAAAGCGAGGAUGAAGAAUUUUGGGAGGAUGAAGACAAGUUUGACAUGGACGAGGAGGAGGAGGAAGAGGAUAUGAGGUAUAUUGUGAGGGAUGAACAAGAUGUGCAAUAUUGUGUUGCUGAGAUGAUGAAACCUGGGCAGCGGUUAAUCAUAGCACGAGGAGGCGAAGGUGGAUUGGGGAAUGCUUCUAUCAUGAAGGAGAUGCGGCCAUCCAAAGCAAACAGACAAGAGAAGAUAGCCCGUUUGAGUACCGGGCAGCCAGGAACUGAGAGCUUCCUUAUCUUGGAACUGAAGAGCAUUGCAGAUGUUGGUCUGGUUGGAUUUCCCAAUGCUGGGAAGAGCACAUUGCUCAGUGCUCUCUCUAGGGCGCAGCCAGAGAUAGCCGACUAUGAAUUCACCACGCUGAGGCCCAACAUUGGCAGCCUGACCUACGAGGACUACUUCUCAGUUAAAGUGGCUGAUAUACCUGGCCUGAUCAAAGGAGCACAUGAGAACCGUGGCCUGGGUCAUGCUUUCCUGAGGCACAUAGAGCGCACCAAAAUUAUCGCCUAUGUGCUUGACCUUGCAGCCACGCUUAAUGGCAGGAAGGGUGUCCCACCUUGGGAGCAGCUGCAGGAUUUGGUCGCAGAGCUGGAGCAUUACCAAGAAGGAAUGACGCGGCGACCAUCACUGAUUGUCGCAAACAAGAUAGACGAAGAGGGAGCUGAAGAGAUGUACGAGGAACUGAAGACGAGAGUGCAUGGUGUUCCAAUAUUUCCAGUUUGCGCCAUCUUGCAGGAGGGGGUGCCAGAUCUGAGAGUGGGUCUAAGGAACCUUAUGGAUGACUCAGAUCCGCAGGGCAUUGAUUUUGAGAAAAAUGACUGUUGA